UAUUACCGCGAAUCUAUGCAUCACAUCCACACACGUUUCGUCAUUGUUAUCAUCAACAGCGCACCGAAAAACAUACGAAACUCAAGACUCCCCGUCUCCUUAAUUAGCAUCAAUAUCAAGACGAGAUUUAAAAAUAUCAGGAACAAGAAGACAUUUGACUGAACAAAGUAACUGCUGCUGAUGAUGAUGAUGAUGACAAUAAAAAGCUGUGGCGGGUGAUUAGUCGGAGAUAGAGGCCAGGAGUCAGUGCCCUUGACGAAGACGUCAUUGUAAAAUGGCGCUUGCGCAGUGAUGUUUGAAUCGAACAAGUAGUGGGGGACUUCCUCGCAAGUGGUGACCGAUGAAUACUCCGCGAAUUCCGCUAAAAAAAUUAUUACGGCGUAUACGUGAGUAGUCUUGUGUUGUGUUAUGUUGUGUCGAGCAAGUAAAGACCAGCAAACAGUUUACUUCUCCAUUCUCUCCUGCUGCUUUCACAAUUACCGCCGUGUCUUGAACUCACCUUAAUAAAAUCUGUGCUUUGUUUUAUUUAUUUGUUAUUAUUUACUUUAUUCAAUAGAUUGUCAUCAUUACCUGCCACCGUGCAAUGACGUUAAUCAGGUGAUUUCUUCUCAAGUAGAGCAAUCGUCGGUGUGACAGAAAUCCCCAGGAUAAAUUAACGCGCAAAUGGACUAUUAUUAUGAUUAUGAUUAUUAUUAUCGUGACGACUUAAAGGAACUAGUGUAAUAUAAUUAAAUAGAUGAGAAUAGACAGGACUAAAGAGGGAGAUUUUAUAAAAAUAACGUAUCGUGUAUCGUGUGCUGUGUACAGUUAAAUAAAGCGCGUAUCACUAUGCACACCAAUGAGCUCUAUGUAAAAUGGCAACCUUGACACUUGAUUUUAUUUUUUAUUUUAAUAUUAAUCCUCGUUUUUUUUAACGGCCAAUUGGCCGUUACUCCAAUCACUCGGUUUUACAUUUCAGUUUAUGACUCAUAGCAACUCAAACAGAGAGUUUGGAGUAAGUGUCACCGUGGUUUCCCGAUUAUUGCACAAGUAGAGGAACGCGACGCCCGAGGUUCUCAACGACAACUCCAACCAACUCUACAUCAUAAGAUGUAACGUAACAACUAGCCAGAGGUUGUCGUUCUACUGAUCUUGCUGAUGAAAAAAAAAUUCAUUUAUUCGUCUAGAACUCUACUAGUUCAUUUACCCGAACGAAUUUAUUUAAAACCUGCCGAGUUCAAGGUCUCCAAGACAAAAUGGCACAAUUGGAGCAACAAAUGCCCAUUCCCUUGCCGGAUUUAAGCACAAUCAGAAUAACUACUGCCGUUACUAUGCUGGGGAAAGCUUACGGAUGCGGCCAAUGCAGUGCUCCCCCACCUGGGCCGACAACCAGCACAGCGGUUGGAGCUGCUGGAGCUGCUAGCAGUAGUGUUGCUGCUUCCAGUUCCUUGGGAAUUGUUCCGUCACAGCAGACACACACACCUCCUCAGCCCCCAGAUUUACCAGUAUUCUCAUGUCCUCGACGGCCAAACAUCGGACGGGAGGGAAGGUCGAUCGGGCUGAAGGCAAAUCAUUUUCAAAUAAGCAUGCCAAGGGGAUACGUCCAUCACUACGACAUAAACAUUCAGCCGGAUAAAUGCCCGAGGAAAGUAAACCGGGAAAUAAUAGAGACGAUGGUCCACGCUUACACUAAAAUAUUCGGAACUCUGAAGCCUGUGUUCGACGGGAGGAACAAUUUGUAUACACGAGACCCACUGCCGAUUGGCAACGACAAACUAGAGCUGGAGGUGAUACUUCCAGGUGAAGGCAAAGACCGCGUAUUUCGAGUAUCAAUCAAAUGGCUGGCCCAGGUAUCUCUGUACGCUCUCGAGGAAGCUCUUGAAGGACGAACACGACAGAUUCCGUAUGACGCGAUCCUCGCGCUGGACGUCGUCAUGAGACACUUGCCCUCUAUGACCUACACCCCCGUGGGUAGAUCGUUCUUCAGCACUCCAGACGGCUAUUACCAUCCUUUGGGUGGAGGUAGAGAAGUCUGGUUCGGUUUCCACCAGUCCGUGAGACCGUCUCAGUGGAAGAUGAUGCUCAACAUCGACGUUUCAGCCACUGCCUUCUACAAAGCUCAGCCGGUGAUCGAAUUCAUGUGUGAAGUCUUGGACAUCAGGGAUGUUAAUGAACAAAGAAAACCACUUACUGAUUCCCAGCGUGUUAAGUUUACCAAAGAAAUUAAAGGUUUGAAAAUAGAAAUCACCCACUGCGGUACAAUGCGACGAAAGUAUCGUGUUUGUAAUGUCACUCGUAAGCCCGCACAAAUGCAAUCAUUCCCUCUGCAGCUGGAAAAUGGACAGACGGUUGAGUGCACAGUAGCUAAAUAUUUUUUGGACAAGUAUAAAAUGAAAUUACGAUACCCCCAUCUGCCGUGCCUUCAAGUUGGUCAAGAGCACAAACACACUUAUCUGCCCCUUGAGGUCUGCAAUAUUGUCGCCGGCCAGCGUUGCAUCAAGAAACUCACAGACAUGCAGACAUCAACGAUGAUAAAAGCAACAGCUCGCUCGGCGCCAGAUCGUGAACGUGAAAUAAACAACCUCGUCCGCCGCGCGGACUUCAAUAAUGAUUCAUACGUUCAAGAGUUUGGUUUGUCUAUUUCUAAUAACAUGGUCGAAGUACGCGGUCGCGUACUGCCUCCGCCAAAACUACAGUACGGUGGACGCGUAAGUUCCCUCAGUGGACAGACGAAGCAACAAGCGCUGCCAAAUGCCGGAGUAUGGGAUAUGCGAGGCAAACAAUUUUACACAGGAGUCGAAAUAAGAGUGUGGGCAAUCGCUUGUUUCGCUCCGCAGCGAACAGUUCGAGAAGACGCCUUGAGAUCUUUUACUUCUCAGCUACAGAAAAUAAGUAACGACGCUGGUAUGCCGAUAAUUGGGCAGCCGUGUUUCUGCAAAUACGCAACUGGACCAGACCAAGUUGAACCCAUGUUCCGCUACCUGAAAUCUACCUUCCAAGCUCUGCAACUCGUCUGCGUUGUCCUGCCCGGCAAGACGCCUGUCUAUGCUGAAGUAAAGCGCGUGGGUGACACACUACUAGGUAUGGCGACACAAUGUGUUCAAGCAAAAAACGUCAACAAAACUUCACCACAGACCUUGUCAAACUUGUGUCUAAAAAUAAACGUCAAACUCGGAGGUAUCAACAGUAUCCUGGUACCAAGUAUAAGACCCAAAGUCUUCAAUGAGCCCGUGAUAUUCCUCGGCGCGGACGUAACUCAUCCUCCGGCAGGUGACAAUAAGAAGCCAAGUAUUGCAGCAGUUGUCGGCAGCGUCGACGCGCAUCCGUCUCGUUACGCAGCAACGGUACGAGUCCAGCAGCACAGACAGGAAAUAAUCCAAGAGCUCAGUUCGAUGGUCCGCGAGUUACUUAUCAUGUUCUACAAGAGCACGGGAGGUUACAAACCCCACAGAAUUAUUCUCUAUCGUGACGGUGUGUCUGAGGGUCAGUUUCUCCAUGUCCUUCAGCACGAGCUCACGGCGAUUCGUGAGGCCUGUCUGAAACUGGAACUAGAAUACCGACCUGGUAUCACAUUCAUCGUCGUGCAGAAACGACAUCACACGAGACUCUUCUGCGCGGACAAAAAAGAACAGAGUGGGAAAAGUGGAAACAUACCAGCGGGUACGACUGUUGAUGUCAGUAUUGUGCAUCCAACAGAGUUCGAUUUUUACCUCUGCAGUCAUCAAGGUAUCCAAGGAACAUCUAGACCCUCUCAUUAUCACGUUCUGUGGGAUGACAAUCAGUUCGAGAGUGACGAAUUGCAGUGUCUAACUUAUCAGUUGUGUCACACGUAUGUCAGGUGCACGAGAUCCGUUAGUAUACCAGCUCCAGCUUAUUACGCCCACUUGGUUGCAUUCCGUGCUAGGUAUCAUCUUGUUGAAAAAGAACACGACAGCGGAGAAGGCUCACAUCAAUCAGGUUGUAGUGAAGACAGGACACCGGGCGCAAUGGCUCGCGCCAUAACAGUACACGCCGACACUAAACGAGUCAUGUAUUUCGCGUAAAUUAAAACAAAAACAAAAAAAUUAACAAUAAUUAUAAUUAUAAUAAUAACUACUAUGUGUGUCAAAUUGAACGCAGUGUUUCAAGUUGCCUUUGCACUACAAAGCACUCACAAAAAAGUCAUAUCGCGAAAGUCUUUUCGUUAAUUCGCCGAGACUUGUCGAGAGAAUCAUUAAGAGGAUUAAAAUAUAACUUAAACAAGAUUAAUAAUUGGUAUAAAUUUAUAUAUUAUUAUAUAAUAUAUAAGUACGGCUAUUUGAAUUAUCAAACAAUCGAGCUUGAGAGGCCAAUUUAAGUUUCUUUUUAUUUAUAAUUCGAGUAGUGAUGGAAAAUUAUUAAUGACGGGUGCUUUAGUUAAUCAUGUGUAAAAUUAAGAUAAGAUCGUAAUUAAGAUUUUUUUUAUUUACGGUCUCUAGAAUUAUAAAUCUUUUAUUCUCUAUAAAAUAUAUAUGUUAUAAAUAUAUACACUAGUACACUAUAUAUAUUUAUAAGUCGUCUGAUUGUGCAUCAACGGGUUACCUUUGAAUAUUAAGGUAUAGUUUGAUAUCAGACGUGAUCAUUACGCUUAUUUUUGCCUUUUUCAUUCCUUGUAUAUUUAUAUGAGGAUUUAAUAUGAGUUUUAAUCGAUAUUCUUGUAUUAUUAUAUUUAACGCGUAAUUAAAUCAAUAAGCGUAAUUGCCAUUAUGAAAAAGGGUUUGUCUUUUUGUAUAUAGUUUUUUUGUAUGGCUGUUGUGGAUCAACCGUAAGCUGUUUUGGAUGAAAUCUUUUUUAAUUGUUUUUUUUUUUUAAAUUUAAUUAUCAAUUUAUAAAAAUAAAAUCAAUCAUGCAAUUAAUUAAUAAAAACAAAUCAAUCAAAGAAACGUUAAAUUGGUCGCUUAAAACUUGUGAGUUUGUUGAAAAAAAAAAAAAAAUUAUAAAUAAAUAAUUGAAAAUCUUAACAAUGUCAUUGUUAUAUAAAUAAUAAUAUCAGAGCCAAAAUAAUUAGACUUAAAGAACGUUGACGAGAAUCGUUUAUUUCUCGGUGUGAAUAUGACUAAAUAAAAAUAAAUAAACAUUGCUGCUAUCUUUUAUAUGUUAUGUUAAAAAAUCUAUAAAGAAAAAAAAAAAAAGAGUAAAAGGUUUAAAAAAAAAAUCCAAUAAAUAAAAUUUGAUUCUUCAGUCCAAAUCUAAUGUCUAAUAUUUAAAACUAGGCUUUAAUUGAGUGAAAAGCGAUACGCUUAGCUGAAAUGACCAAGAAAAAAUAAUUAAAAUGAUAUGAUAUGAUUUUUUAAAAUCUUAAGUGGAGGAGCGUCGGGAAGUAAUUUAAAUGAUACUGAAUUAUUUAUAAUUACUAAUAAUUAAUCAUGAUUAUUAUCAUUACAAUUAAUAUUAUGAUUGAUAUAAUUUUAAAAGUUAGUAGGGUUAAGUAAUUUAAUAAAAUAUUUCAAUUUAUUUAAAUGAUAUCCACGUUAGUUUUUAAGAAAAUUUAAAAUCCAUUUGUUAUGAUUAAAUUUAUAAUUAUCGAUUUAUUAAUACUUAUGAUAAGUGCGGCAUUAGAUCUGGGCCGACGUCUUUUGACAAUUAAAAAGGAAUAAAAAAAAACGCCCUAUCAAUGCAAAAAAAAAAAUAAUAAUUAAUAAAUAAAUAAAACUACAGUUAACUAGUACCCAUUUAAAAUUGAAUGAAAGAUAAUCAUAAAAUUAAUUUCGAAAUACAUAAAUUCAAACUAAUUAUAAAGAAAAUAUAUUAAUUAAUUAUUAUUAAUAAAAGCUCAUUGCGUUCAUUAAUUUUAAGUAACAAGCAA